AUGAUCAUAAGAAUCUUGAUUCAUAUAUAUAAUAAUAAAACAUAUCUUUGAAUUUUCAGCACCGGCCAGCUUAUAAAUGAGUUCGACAUUCUGUCCUUGCUACUUCUUCGCAAAAAUUCCAUUAUAUAUAUCGUAUAAAUUUAGUUCCAUACUGCGUACAUAUGAACACGUCAUAACAUAAAAUAUUUAUCCACAAAGCAAAUCAAAUGCGAGGAACAUGGCCGGGUAAAGAGAAAACGAAUUUCGCAUGCUUUUGGUCAACUAUGUAAAAUACAAAACAAUGAUUUAUAAGGAAAAACGAAAUAUAUUCUUGUUUCAAUCAUCAAAAACCAUUAGUGUCCAUGCUAAGACUCCUAUAUAUAUAAACACGUAAAUGCACUUUUUGGAAAUCGCAUACGAAAAACAAAGUGAGAUAAUAAUCCCCACAUUUUGUCUAAACAAUCAAAUGGCUUACAUUAACAAGGUUUCAGCGGUGGCAGCCAUUUUAUUUUUUGCGGUUGCGAUUGCUCCGCUGCUAGCUGAGCCACAGACACCAACGUUUCCUAAGAUGGAUCCUGUAUGUGCCUCAGUGAUGCCUGACCUUCUCGAAAAGUGUUUCGCAACCGUUAGAGAAACGCCAACGGAUGAUUGCUGCAGCGAUCUCAAAACCGCGACCACAACGCAAGUCACUUGCCUUUGUGAUAAUUACAUAGCGAACCCGGCGAUUGUGAACAUCACGGGACCUUACUCCGCCGGAAUCACAACCAAAUGUGGCGUUUUUGACAAAUACUCUUGCAACAGUACUAGUAAUGGAGGAGGAGAAGGAAGCAGCGGCAACAGUAGCAGUAGCAGCAAUGGCAAAAACAACAGCACAAGUGAGGGCAAUGGGGGAAGAGCUAACACGGUUUCUGGAUCAAUGGCUGUUUUUGGUUUAAUUGCAAGUCUAAUCUGCGUUAUGUUUUAAUUUCAAUUUCAUUCGCUUUAUUUUGGACCGACUAGUUCCAUGUGAUACUUUCCUUCUUUUUUCUUUUGUUUGAAACUGAGAAUUCAAAAUAAUUACGUUUAUUUGAUUUCAUAUUCACCCAUUUGCCUGUAUUAUGGUCCUUCCUUUAUGAGAUUAUUAUUUUGAUCAACUUAUAUACAAGGCAAUGCAUAUUACCUAUACACUACAUAAAGAAGUAUAAAAUUUAUUUGAUAAGGAUAUAUAAUUUAUUAACUAUACACUAUAAAAAAUAUAAUUAAAGUCCAAAUUCUUUCAGUUAUCAAGAAUUUUUUAAAAAGAGAUAUACAUAUUUAAUACUCUCAUUAUGAAAAAAUUGCUAUGGUCACCAACUGAUUUUUAUUUUAACAAAAAACAACAUCUAAUUUUAGCUAUAUAUCAUCUUUCAUAUGUUAAAGCUUUCGAGUAAGCACAUGGUUACACAUUUGAUAUGAUUUAUUAAUUUCGGCUCAUAUUUUUUGACGUUACAAAUUUUUGUAAGUCGAACUUUUUACUCCCAAUUGUUGCGGUGACCAAAGAUGGCAACAUCAAAUGUUUUUACAUAAUUUAUCACUGGUAUUAGGACGAAAAUAGUUUAACCGGUUUAUUUCAAGAAUAUAUAUAUGUUACUUACAUGAUCAAUAUAUCACAGUAAUUUAGUUUAUGUGGAUAAUAGUAUAGACAUAUAUGUAACGAUUGUUUUGGAAGUUAUCACUAAUCACGUCGCGGUGGUUUAAUGGUUUCCACAAAAAGAAGAGUUCCCUGUUGGUUCAUACCGGAGAUAUUCUCUUCUAGUGCAAAAUUAUUUGUUUUACAUGUGGCCAUACAAACAUGUGUCCAUUGCUUACGUUCCAUUUGAAUACCUGGAGAAAUGGAUUAUCCGUAGACUGCAUCUUCUUUUGGAAAUUAGUCUAGACCUUCCAUAGGCCCGAGAUACCUCAGAUUAAUCAGAAAAAGUAAUCACCGAACUCGGUAAGUCAAUUGGUUUAAGUGCAUAUGUGAGUUUUGUUGCGUUAGUGGUUAGAAGCUUGGUGGAAUGAAUGUUUUAUGUCUUAAAUGCUAUCAACAAAGGCUGAUUUCCGACCAUAC